CUUUCCGCCACGGUACACCAGACUCAUGAUGGUCGUACAGGCUCUUUUUCGACUAGGGAUGGCCUGGAUGGGGCUGAACUCGACUUGGUCACCUCUGGCGGACAGACCUGUAUCUUCAUGCCCAGAUUACACGACGUAUUCGGCUUCCGCACAGGGCAACCCGUCGAAUGGUGUCCUUGCAUUGCCUUACAUGCGGCCUGCGCCUGCUUGUAGGACCUUCAACAGUACAUCUGUCGAGCGCGUGAUAGAAGAUAUGAACCUGCUCUUGAGAGAUCCGGACCUUGCUAGACUAUUCGAAAACACUUUUGCGAAUACGCUUGACACGACCGUGAAAUAUUUAAAUGUUUCGUUGACGCGCGCAGACACGACCGUGAAAUAUUUCAACAAGUCGGAGAACAUUGCAUUCAUCAUCACUGGGGUGAUUAUGCCCAUUCCACCUACACCUCGCAUCUUAUCCACCAUUCCAGGAUAUCACUGCUCAGUGGUUGAGAGACACGGCCAACCAGACGACGACUUGGCUGCUCUGGUCCGCGCGGUGAUCAACACCGAAGCUGGCUUCAUUUCUCAGUUCCCUUAUUGUCGUGGGGCUUUCCAACCGCCUACUCAGACAGGGCUUUCGCCCAGCCAUAACGACUGGGCAGACCAUGUGGUUGUUAAUCCGCCCAUCGAUGACAACGUCGUGUUCGAAUGCAAAUAUGAGCUAGACUCCCUGGCCGGCUUUCUGAAGCUUUCGCGGCAGUAUUACGAGGGCACCCGUGACUCAACAUUCAUGGACGAAGAAUGGUUCAGCGCUAUCGAGGCGAUAUUCCGUGUAAUAGAAGAACAAUCUCGGGCUACCUUUGACGAAGAUGGGAAACUCGUUUCGUUCUACAACUGGACAGGAACGGCUGGUUCACUCUCUCCCCGCGUUCCCAACGGGGGCAACGGCGAGCCCAAGGGCUACACCGGUAUGGUUGGCACGCACCAUCGUCCCAGCGACGACCUGAGCACUUUUGCGUUUCUAACACCCGCCAAUGCGAUGCUGAGCGUCGAGCUGGACGGCUUGGCCCACAUGUUAGACUCAGUCGCACUUCGACCGGACCUCAGCUCCACUGCGAAACUCGUCGCAGGGCGAAUACGAGAUUCGAUCUGGUCGAAAACAGUCCUGGACGGGAUAUUUGCUUAUGAAAGCAACGGUCUGGGCAGUGUAUACAUGAUGGACGAUGCGAAUGUGCCGUCGCUGCUUUCCUUACCAUAUCUCGGAUUUGUGGACAAGCACGAUCCUACGUAUAGAUCAACACGCCGUUUCUUGCUAUCGCGGCAAAAUCCGUAUUUUGCAUCCGGAUCCAACUUCUCAGGCAUUGGCGGUCCGCAUUCUGACGCAUGGCACCCUUGGCCCAUGUCGCUGAUCUCCGGUAUCUUCGGGACCAAUGACGACCAAGAGAUAUCCGAGAUGCUUUAUCUGAUCGCGAAUAACACCGCUGGCCUCGGUCUGAUCCACGAGUCGCAGUCGAUCUACGACCAGUCAGAUUACACGAGAUCUUGGUUUGCAUGGGCAAAUAGCUACUUUGCGGAAAUGAUCCUCGAUCUGGCGCACCGUAAGCCCCAACUGAUCCUAAAAGGAAACGGGCCUUACAUGCCGAGCCAAAUCUGCUGAGAGAGUCAAUAAACCCUCAGGCGGCAUGCAGUACACAGGGUCGAGAUCCACCAGCCCAGGGUACCCCAGAAGCGAUAGUCCGGCGAUGCCAAAUUGCGUGUGGAAGACAUCCACCAUGUUGCCGGGCCGAUCGGCGAUUCCCCCGGAUUCGUGGUCCUGUUUCAGAACUCAUCGUGUGCUGCACAUCUCCCGGGAAAACCCUACCUGCGCCGAGAGGAUGAAUGAUAUGAGCUUGUCUGCGUCUAUCCACGAGACGCGUUUUAGAAUAGCCAGGGCCGACAGAACCCAAAAACUGUAGCACACCUGUCGAAGAUCAGUUGAAAGUCGAUCGUUCUGAUAACUCGUAAAUACGACGCACGUCUUCUAGUUUCUCAGGCCUG